AUGCGCCUCUUCAAUCUCGUCUUUCCGCUGCUCCUGCAGUCGGGAACUGUUAAUGCUUACACCUUGAAGGAGGUUGAGGCCCUGAUAUCCGCAUACCAAGCCCAUAAUACCGCCUACGCUGCAGCAUCCAAUCCCCCAUCGGGUUGCCAGCUAGCAUGCGGCUUCCUAGCCUUCUCUUUACCGUCGCAGCUCUCAUAUCCCAACAGCUCAACGUAUGAAUUCGAGGAAUCGCGAUACUGGGCGCAGCAACAAGCUCUGACUAGACCGACUUGUCGAUUCUCUCCCGCAUCGCCAGAAGAAGUAUCCUUGGCCGUUUUAACCUUCCGUGCUACACAGUGCAAGUUUGCCGUUAAAAGUGGUGGCCAUGCUGCUUUUGCCGGCGCCUCGAAUAUUGACAAUGGCGUGACAAUCGAUCUUAUCAAUUUGAAUCAAAUCACGCUCUCGUCUGAUAAGGCGCAGGCCUCCAUUGGCCCAGGAAACGUCUGGUAUGAUGUUUACAAUUAUCUGCAGCCCCACAACGUAACUGUGAUUGGCGGGAGGGUAUCUGCCAUUGGCGUGGGAGGUCUGACUUUGGGAGGUGGAAUGUCGUUCUUCUCUAGCCAGCAUGGAUGGGCAUGUGACAAUGUCAAUUCUUAUGAGGUCGUGCUUGCAGAUGGCUCAAUCCGCCAAGUCAGCUACUCGUCCCCAUAUUCUGAUUUGUACUGGGCGCUUCGCGGAGGAGGCAACAACUUUGGCAUCGUAACAAGAUUCGAUCUCGCGGCCUACCCCCAAGGCGAUCUCUGGGCGGGCUCAGAUACUUUUCUGUACACAAAUGAGACGGCGGCUGCUAUCAACGACGCCUUCUAUUAUCUUGGCAUCAACGCUCCCUCGGAUCCGUAUGCUCAAGUUAUCAUUGCAUACGCUUAUGCGCAGUCGGAAGAUCUCUUCGUCAUCGCUUCCGAUCUACAAUAUGCCAAACCAGUCGUCAAUCCUCCAAUUUUGCAAAAUUUCACCGCAGUUCCUGGUGCUAUCGCAAGCACACUGCGCAUCACAGACCUCUCAAAUCUAACGGUGGAGUUCAAUAACUCCAACCCAGGGGGUUUCCGACAAACGUACUGGACCUUUACAGUUCAGAACAAUGCCGCUUUGAUGGCUGACAUGGUCGCUAUCUACAUGGACGAAAUCGAGCCUAUCAAAAAUGUCACAGGGAUUGGACCUUCCAUUAUCUUUCAGCUCAUCACUACUGAUAUGACUGAUCACUUUUCUAAGAACGGCGGCAAUGCACUUGGGCUUGCUGGCCAAGGCCCUCUGAACCUGAUCAAUGUUGACAUAUCUUGGUCCGAUGCGUCGGAUGAUGAGAGAGUCCUCGCGGCUGCGCAAAACAUUGUCGACCGCUCUGUCGCUGUUGCACGUACCAAAGCCCUCGAUCAUCCAUACCUUUACCAAAACUACGCUUCUUACCAGCAAGAUGUCUUUGCUGGAUAUGGAGCAGAUAACCUCGCAAAACUAAGAUCAAUAAGUACUAAAUACGACCCACAGCGAGUGUGGCAGAAGUUGCAGCCAGGGUACUUUAAGCUAGGAUAG